UUAAAACCAGACAGUGACAUUUUAGGUUUUAACAUUUCAAGUCAAACAUUAAUAGGAAGCUUCAGCUCUGCUCAUUCGCCAUUACCAACUCCUCUACGUGUUCAUCUUCCCACCCUCUUUCUCCACACACCCUUUUGAAUAUCCAUUCACCUAUAUAUUUACAGAAGGAGUCAUCAAACAAAGAGAAGAAGAAGGAAUAUCAUCAAAAGCUCCAAUCUUUUUGCAGUGAUCACUUGCAUAAUAAACAUUGCAGUUUCUUCUUGCUAUUUUGAUACCAAAAAAUGAUGGCGGAACACCAAAGAAUUCAUCCUGUUCAUGAUGUGGAGGCACCACACAGACCUCUGGUGCCUGGAAACAGUACUAAAUCUGAUAGGGUUUUUCCUAAACGGGCCUUUCCAGUGAUGCAUUCGAAGCCACCAAAGAGAAGAAGAAGCUGUUGCUGCAGGUUUUUGUGUUGGACGCUUAGCAUAUUGCUGAUAUUGAUCAUUGCUAUUGGGAUCACUGUAGGGAUCAUGUACCUUGUUUUUAGGCCAAAGCUGCCAAAAUACUCAGUGGAUGAACUGAGGAUAACCCAGUUCAAUGUUUCUGACAACAACACCCUCUCAGCAUCCUUCAAUGUGGCAAUCACUGCAACAAAUCCAAACAAGAAGAUUGGAAUAUACUAUGAGGGUGGAAGCCACAUAAGGGCUUUGUACAUGGGCACACAAUUGUGUGAAGGGUCUUUGCCAAAGUUCUACCAGGGUCACAGGAACACCACAGUGCUUGAUCUGUCUCUAUCAGGUGAAGCACAGGAUGCAAGUUCCUUAACAAGUAGAAUUCAGGAGCAGCUGCAGCAGACCAACAAUAUUCCUCUUGAUCUUAAGGUUAAUCAACCUGUUAGGGUUAAGCUUGGCAAGUUGAAGCUCUUCAAAGUCAAGUUCAGGGUUAGCUGCAAGCUUGUGGUGGAUAAUCUUGGUGCUAGUAAUGAUAUUAGCAUUUCAAGCAAUAGUUGUAAGUUCAGACUUAGGCUAUGAAUUCUCAUCACUACUUCGUAUUACUGUUAAUUAGUAUAUAGUGUUGUUUAUUUUAUAUGACUAUUUUCUUUUCA